GAUCCCAAGUUGGCAAGAACGGUGAUCUUCCCCGAAGAACCGGGGGCGAAGCAGCCUGUUUGCCCCCUUGGUGAUUUCCCUUCCUUUCAAAAGACCCCCAUCACUUCCAGUCUAGAGAGGUGGAAAUCUUCCAGCAUGGCCUCCAACACUGAAACCCGGAAUACCUACAUUACCGUUUACAUGCUCACUGUCCUAAUUGGCUUUCCCACCAAUCUGUUGGCCCUGUACGCUUUCAUCCAGAAGAUUAGAGUCAAGGCCACGCCCAACUGCAUCCUUCUCCUCAACCUGACCAUUUCUGAUCUCUGCUUCCUGGUCUUCCUCCUCUUCAAGAUGGCGGAGCAGAUCGCUGGCCGCUGGGCCUUUCCCAAUUUUCUGUGCCCCCUGAGUGGUCUUGUCUACUUCAGCACCAUUUAUACUAGCACGCUCUUCCUCACGGCGGUAAGCGUGGAACGCUACCUGGGCGUAGCUUAUCCCAUCCAUUACAAGCUGAAGCGUCAUUCAGUCUAUGCCCUAAUUGCCAGCCUGAGCAUUUGGAUCUGCUCUUUUGGCCACUGCAGCAUUGUCUAUAUCACCGAGUUCAACCGGGACAACUAUUCCCAUCCAAGUGUGCCCUCCUUUAAUGUCUGCUAUGACAAUUUCACAGACAAGCAACUCCAGGUCCUGCUCCCUGUUCGCCUGGAGCUCAGCAUUGUACUUUUCCUGGUGCCAUUCCUGAUCACCUGCUUUUGCUAUUUUGGCUUUAUAAGGAUAGUGAUCUCUUCACCACACAUCUGCAGGAGCAAAAAGCAACGAGCAGUGGGGUUGGUGGCAGCCACGUUAGCAAUCUUUAUCAUCUGUUUUACACCCUACAACAUCUCCCACGUGGUAGGUUAUAUUGAGUGGGAAAGUCCCGACUGGCGGAUCAAAGUCUUGCUUCUCAGCACCUUCAAUGCCUGCUUGGACCCCAUCAUCUUUUAUUUUUCUUCUUCUGCCGUGAAGCGUUCAUGCUGUAGCUUCUGGACCAGAAUAAAACACCUUUGCAUGUGGCCUCCUUUGCUCCAUAAACUCUUCAACAGAAGGACUGAGAGAACAGGUUCUCAGGAUCAGGUGUGCUCUUCCCGUCUAUGACCUCCGGUUUCUCAGAAAAUUCUUAAAUCUUUCUUUGUAGGUCAAGUGAACUGGCAAAAAAUUGUUCUGGGAAUUACUGACUUUUCCAGCCAGGCCUCCAGACUUGAAGCUUUUCACAUUGUGAAUGUUUGUUAACUGUAAUUUCGGCAGCUUUGAAUUGAGGAAUCUUAGCCAGACCUUCUCAUCUUUUCGUUCUUGAAACUUACCAAAGUAUUGCACAACUGCUGCCCCCCCUAGACUGAAUGAGAAUGGGUUUCAUUAAAGUCAAAAAAGAAAAUGGGGGAAAUAUAUUGAGUACUUCAAAUGUACAUACUCAGGUACUCCAAGGCUAAUUGUGAAAUGCAUUUUGGAGUUGUUCCAUUUGAGUUUUAAUGGCAUCCAAGAGAUUUUCCUUGCCUUCUUUCCAUCUUCAUCUAACUGGAGAUACAUAUAAUUUGCAAAAGAGCUUUUAUUUCAGCUAUUAUUGUGAUUCUCAUGGCAAUAGCCAGUGAAUUGGGAAUCCUGAGAAAUGUAGAACCUGAUGCCUGGAUGUCACUACACAAGACAAUACCAUCAUCUAGGAACUAGGGCAGGUCCUUAUAUUAGAUGUCCUAAAUUGUUAUAUCUGGUAGAUAUUUUUUUAAAAA